UUAGUUGGUGUAGUGGACUUCUUAAAAAACAUUUUCAGAGGAUAUGAAGAAGGGGAAAGGGCCGAGUUAGCGUCAGCGCUGGGCAGCAUGUGCAGAGAGUUCUCCUCUCCCUAAUCUCCCCUUUAUACCUUCUUUCAUUCAUUGCUUGAAGACUGUUCUGUCUUCUUCAGUGACAUGUAUUCCCUGGACGAUUUUGGUGAACAGAGUAUCUGCCAGGCGCGGGCCUCUGUGAUGGUCUACGAUGAUGCCAGCAAGAAGUGGGUGCCCAUCAAGCCUGGGCAGCAGGGCUUCAGCCGCAUCAACAUCUACCACAACACUGCCAACAACACCUUCAGAGUGGUGGGCGUCAAACUGCAGGACCAGCAGGUGGUGAUCAACUACUCCAUAGUGAAAGGCCUGAAAUACAAUCAGGCCACCCCGACCUUCCAUCAGUGGCGUGAUGCUCGGCAGGUCUAUGGGCUGAAUUUUGCCAGUAAGGAGGAGGCCACCACCUUCUCCAACGCCAUGCUAUUCGCCCUCAAUGUCCUCAGCUCACCUGACAGUGGAGGUCCAGUUGUCCAGCGCCAAAAUGGGCCGUCCUCAGAGGAAAGUGAGGCACAGAGGAGGAUGAUGGAGCAACAUCAGAUGCAGGCCCACAACGAGAGGGAGCGGAGAACGUCAGGAUCAGUCGUUUCCACUCUUCAAUAUAAAGUCUCCACCCCUCCCACCCACCCAGACACUCCUACUGAGUACAGACAGUACAGAGCUAGCACACUGCCACACUCCUACGUCCGUGUGGCCUCCUCCUCUCCUCCCUCCUCCGCCUCUUCCUCUCCUUCUCAGGAGAAGGAGAGAGGGGCUGCUAGGGACAGGGCCCAGCUUUCCUCCCAACUCUCCACCUCGAUUGCCUCAGCCUUUUCCCCAGUCCAGUCAGGAGUGACCACCCAGGGCCGACAGGUCCGUCAGAUUUCCCUGUCUCCUCCCCCAACAGUUCGCCACCAACAACAGCAGCAGCAACAAGACUUCAUGCUCCCCCCUAAACACAGCACAUGGUCUGCCUCUCAAUUGCAGCAAAUAUACGCCCAGUUGCCCCCCUCCUCCUCCCCUCCAAUUAUGAUGGCUAUGUCUGUGAAGCAGAGUUUGCCCCCACAGCCUGUCCUCCCAGUGGCUCACCCACUCCCACCCAUGAGCACUAGGAUGAAGCCCCCGCCUCUUGACCAGAGUGCUGUGAUGGGCCCUCACCAGUACUCACAGCAUCAGCCCCACCCUCACUCCAGCGACCAGCCAGACGACUCCUACUCUCCUCAUUCUCAGCCACUGCCACCCACCUCGCAGUACUGCGAGGCUGUUCCCUUGCUUCCUCUGAUAGGUCAGACAGCGCCAGGUCCCGCCCCCAACCACCAGCCCUCAUACCCAUCCACCUUCCACCCUCAGCAGCAGCAGCAACUACAACAACAACAGGUGUACCACCAGCAGACCCAGCCCCCGACCACCACCACCAUCACCACCUCCUCCUCCUCAUCCCCCUCUUACACUGCCAUGUCUGAUGGGGGCUCACCCAAGAAGAUCCCCUCCCCUGACCCUCAGCAGGCCCCCAUGGCCAGCAGCAGCACCCCUGUCUCUGCAGGUCACCCAGCUAUGCUUUCUGUGGCGCCUCCUCCGGCUGCAGCUGGAGCCAAACUACGUAAAGUACAUAGGGAUGAGAGCAGUCCGCCUGGGUCCAGUGGCAAAAGUGACUCCAACCGAUCUAGUGGUGGCAGUGGCGGUGGUGGGGAGGGACUGAUGCAGGAAAUGAAUGCUUUACUAGCUCGCAGACGGAAAGCUUCAGAGAAACCUGAUGAAGAUGACUCCAGUGGCCGAGGUCAGCAGAACUCAACAGAUGCUGUGAAGAAACCAUGGGAGCGAUCCAACUCGGCAGAAAAGUCCUCGCUGAUUUCCAGAGUGAGACCCGUUGGCAGCACUAAUGAAUCAGACACAGAGUUUGACAAGAUGAAGCAGGAAAUUUUGGAUGAAGUUGUACGUGAGCUGCAUAAGGUGAAAGACGAAAUCAUUCAUGCCAUCAGACAAGAAAUUGGCAGAAUCAGUACAUCUUAAUCUCAUUAGAGCAACUAUAGGAGAGCAAGAGGAGGAGCUGGAGAAGGAUGGACAUGCAGAUGCACAGACAUGAGGACCAGGGAAUGUUCUCUCAAUGUUUCUGUGACCUCAUGGUGCCAUGGUGCAAGUUGCAGAGAUGUUGUGCCAACAUUUGAGUCUGCUGGACAGCGACAAGGGAAGAAUGAAAGAGGUAACAGAGAAGGGUUUAACAAGAAGGAAAAGCAGAAGGAUGGAUAAGGAAAGAUAAAAGAACUUGUGAACUAAACAGAGGAUAAAUGAUAUACUAGAAGAAGGCAUGGAAAAACAUUUGUGCUGAGUUUGGUGUUGUGGUCCUCUCUGUGCACCUAUAGACUCAGUCAGCCCAGUGUUGCAUUGUUUUGUUCUCCGUUCAGUCCGAGUCUUAUGAAGAAAAUACUUUUGUUUUCUAAGUUUUUACUGUUUUAUUAUUUAAAAAAUGUGGUGAUAAUGACGAUGCUGUUGAUGACAGUAUUUUAAUCGAUAUUACAGAAGGCGAAAGGAAUCUUGCACACCAUUUAUGUCAGUCUUUUAUAUUUUUUAUUACUGUUUUGUUUUAGCUUAUCCAUAACUAUUUGAUGAUAACAAGCACAACAUGGGCAAAAUGGUGCUGCAGACCCACCUGCCCUCAACUGGCUUUUUAAAAAAGAAAAAAAAGAAGCUUUUUAUGACCUUGUCCAUACUGGUGGCGUGUGUCUAACCGUUUAUCUCCAGAGAUGAUGGAAAACAAUGUUUGAACCGAAACUAAUUAACAUAUUCAAAGCAUACCGCAAUACAAAUGAGCCAAUUUUGGCAGUUAAUCAAAUAACACAGUCUGCUCUACAACUCCAGUGUGACCAAGUUAUAGGUCUCUUGACCUUUUCAGAUGUGAGAUCAUUAAAAUUUGGGGAUUAUUCACAAAACAGGCCAAUAACUAUAAAUGUGGCACCUGCUUUUACUUAGAUAUUAAACAUUGUAGUACCUAUUAGUCAUUCUAUGCUUUGGGAACAUCCUAAGUAUGCAUGAAACCCCCCAUCACCCCCAGUUUUUCCAUUUGGUUUGACAAACAAAAAUUCAAACAGUGGCACAUUUAUUAUAGUGGUUUGUUUCCAUGAAGUUUCCCUUCUCUACAGUAUAUGAAACAUCUGAUAAUGGUAGCAGUGUGAAUAAAUCAAAGAGGGUUGCUUUGGCACUAUGCAGAUCUUACCUAGAUACUGUAAGCAUGUGCAGAAAGUGAAUGGUAGGCCUAUGUGAUUGUAGGUUCAUGUGCUUUACAGGAAGGAUUUGGUUGCCUGUCAGUUGUUGCAUUCUGUCCCCUCUGUCCGCUCUCAAUGACAUUCUAAUUUAAAAGCUCAAGUAAAUUUCAUUCAAAUAACAAACAAUAUAUAUGUUAACCAUCUACAUAAUAUGUGAGUGUGUUCCCUCGUGUUUUGGUACUAGUGGGAAGGUGAAAUGGUUUUUACCUUUUGAAUUAUGUUUAAGCAAAUGAAAAGGUCACAUCUGGUCACCAGAAAACAGACAGGAAAUGCCAGAUCAGUCUCCAAGUCAUUCUUUAUAGUAACAUUGUCUUAUAAAGAUAUUUCACUGUUUUUAUAUACUGUAUUGUUAUUACAUCAGAAACAACAAAGAUUAUCAAUUACAACACAAAAUUGUAUAUACAGUGGGUGGACAAAAUAAACACAUUACAAUACAAUAGCCCCACAGAAAAUACUAAUUUGGUGAAGCAUGUAAUGUUUAUAUCCAUAAGUCAGAAGUGUUGAUCUUUUUGUUGUGUUGUUAAGAGAACUCAGGGCCUACUUGUGAUCACCACUUUUUGCUAAUGCUGUUUUCUUAUGAUUGGCCCUUGUGGUAGUCCCCCACCCCCCAACCCUCAACAUAUAUACAUGCACUUUGUGCUGGAUGUAUCAUUGUUUCAUACGGGAUGGCCUAUGGGUGGGUAGGUUUUCUUGUGUUGCUUGGAUACUUGCUGCAUAAAAACUGAUUCAUACUCAGCUUAAAAAGUCUUGCUUGUGGGCCUUUGGACUAGGAGUUGUUGUCCAAUUACUGCUAGAUCAGUUGAAAAUGGUGGUGCAAAUUAUUUAGUGUGCCAAUCUCUAAACUCUAGAAGAUAUAGGCCAAAUAUA